GAAACCCCUCCUUUCCCUCCGCGAACAAACAAGUAAAGGAUACAACACUGACGAGAGCUUUUUUCCUGGUAACACACAAAGAAACAGUCAGCCAUUCCCCAUAAGAGCUAAAGCAAUCAUGAACAGCGUGAAGGGCCUAUUGAGGAACACCAUGGAGGACCUCUGCGAAAAAGACCUAAAGAAGAUGAAGCACCUUUUGAGAGAUGAUGGCAAGAUUAUGUGGAGUAAGCUUGAGCAUGCUGACGGGGAUGACAUUGUAGAUUUAAUAGUGGAAGUAUACACAGAGGAAAAGUCUGUGGAGACUGUGAUUAAUAAGCUGAAACAUAUGAACCUGAACCAAAAGGUGGAAGACCUGCAGAAACACCUUGCAGAUGUCAAAGCUGAAAGCCCUGCCUCCCAAUCUGUUGAUUCCACUGUUCCCACUACAGAGAGAGGUUUCCUGGUUGGGGACAGAGUUCGAGUGAGGGCCUCAGUUGUGGAACCGAAACACAAGUGGGGAAAUGUCACUCACAGUAGCGUGGGAGUGGUCAAAGCUUUCAAGCCCAGUGGACUAAUGCUGGUGGACUUUCCUGGAAAACCUGGGUGGACGGCUGAGCCCUCUGAAAUGGAAUUACAAGGUUUUGUGGUUGGAGACAGAGUCCGGGUGAAGACCACAGUUAAAGAACCGAAACACAAGUGGGGAUCUGUCACUCACAGCAGUGUUGGCGUGGUUAAAGAUUUCAUUCCUAAUGGGCAGAUGCUGGUGGACUUCCCUGGACACUCUGCAUGGAGGGCAGACCCCUCUGAAAUGGAGUAUCAAGGUUUCAUGGUGGGGGACAGAGUCCGAGUGAAGGCCUCAGUUGAGGAACCGAAAUACAAGUGGGGAGCUGUCACUCACAGCAGUGUGGGUGUGUUCAAAGCAUUCACCCAAAAUGGCCUGAUGCUAGUGGAUUUCCCCGGGGUGACUGGGUGGACAGCAGAUCCUGCUGACAUGGAGCUGCUGGGUAGGUCCAGUGUUCCUAAUCAUUAUAGAAUAAUCGAUUAUUACUGA